GUCAAUCCGUCGUUAAUUUCCGUGCCGUGGUAGUAAAUCUUGUGGACCGCUUUUCUAAGCAGUUAAGAGUUGUUUUUGGCGUAUUCUACUCGAUUUUAAAAUAGAAAAUGACCCGUGGAAAUCAGCGUGAACUGGCCCGUGCCAAGAACCAAAAAAAGAAUGCCGGCCAACCAAAGCAACGGGAUGACGGACUUACGCACGAGCAGAGGAAGCAGCGUGAUGCUGACAUUAUGCGACAAAAGCAGAUGAAAAAGGAGCAAGACGCGCAGCAUGCGAUCAAGAGUUAAUAUCCGUUUUCGAACACGUUCGAUGCAGCGCCAAUCGCAUGCCCAUUUCGUAUGUUAUCACGAAGCGAAAGCCAAACCCAUCGUACCAACCGAACACUA